AUGAAUAGUGUCUCGGACAGUACAAAUGAGAGGCUGGUUGCACCGUUAAGUAGUGAAGAAAUCAAGCAAACGGUAUUUCGGAUGCACCCCGACAAAUCGUCGGGUCCGGACGGUAUGAAUCUCGCUUUCUACCAAAACUUUUGGCACAUUGUGGGUACGGAUGUGAUUAGAAACUGUCAGUGUUGGUUUGAACUCGGGUCUUUGCCGGAUGGUCUUCUCAAAGGUUUUGGCGAACAGGUUAAGGGAGUACUGCCCUCACUUAUUGCCGAGUCACAGUCGGCAUUUGUCCCUGGUAGGCUUAUUACAGAUAAUAUCGCACUUACUUUUGAGCCAAUACAUAAGAUAAAGCUGGCGGGGAAUAGUAAGAAAGCUAGCAUGGCUCUGAAAAUUGAUAUCAGGAAGGCCUACGAUAGCAUUCAGUGGGAGUACCUGGAGGCUAUGAUGCUACAGUUCGGUUUUGCUCGGAAAUGGGUUCAGAUCAUAAUGUUGUGUGUUUCCUCGGUGUCUUAUAUGGUCAGUGUAAACGGGAAAGAGGUCGGCCCCAUCAUACCGAGAAGAGGGCUUCGGCAGGGAGAUCUCCAUAUCUUUCCAUCAUUUGUGUCGAGGGGCUCUCAGCUCUGUUCAGGAAAGCGGAAAGGGAGGGCCGCUUCCACAGGGUUCAAGGCAUCUGCUGAUGAAUGCUUCAAAAUAAGACAAAUUCUAAAUGAGUAUGAUCGGGCCUCGAGCCAAGCUAUAAAUUUCACAAUAUCGGGUACCUACUUCAGUAGCAAUACAUCCAAUGAGCUGAGAAGUUACUUGAACAACAUUAUGGGCACUCACACGGGCAUUGAUCAUUGCAGAUAUUUGAGACUACCUUCUCUUAUCGGUAGAAACAAGAGAUCCAUCUUUGCUUUUUUGAAAAAUAUGUUAAGUAACAGGCUAAACAAUUGGAACAAAAAAUUUCUGUCUAAAGCUGGCAAGGAAACUCUGCUAAAGUCGGUGGCCCAAGCUCUUCCUACGUUCUGCACGAGUGUCUUCUUGCUGCCUCAAUCGUUAUGUGCGGAACUUCAGAAAAUGAUUAACAGCUUCUGGUGGGAAGAAAGAACUAUGGGAAGAGGAACUUACAUUGGAAAUCAUGGGAAGCAAUGUGUGACAGCAAGGUCAAGAGAUUCGUGUAUGCAAGACCCAUGGUUGCCCCGCUCGAAGGACUGCUUUGUGCACAGGACCUGUUUAGAGGGCAUGGAAGAUCUCAUAGUUAGUGAACUCUUAUCUAAAGACGGUUUGAACUGGAACUCUGACAUGGUUAGAAGACUUUCUGUCAAGGAAGAAGUUGAACUCAUCUUAUCCAUCCCAUUGAGCUUUCGGAGAAUGCAGACUGAUUUAUUUGGUGGCCCUCGAGAGACGCUGGCUUCUCCGGCUGCUCACGAAGUGCUCCAAAGAGCACGCUGCGGAGAUUGUGUUAUCCAUGGAGAUUAUGGGUUGAACGCAAUGAAUUACCCAGGAAUUAGAGCAGGGGUGUUACUAGCCCCAGUGACUUAUGGGAAGCGGGCAAGUGGACGGCCUCACCCCAAGGUGCUUGGAAGUGUAAUGUGGAUGGCUCGGUCUUUAGGGCGGAUGGGCUGGGUGGCUUCGGCGCGAUCAUCCGCGAUUCUGGUGGAAAGGGAUGCUCUACAAUAUCUUGUGUCCCAUCUAUCGGGGCUUGGGUUUGUCGAGGUGGAUGCGUUGCUGGUUCAGAAAGCGUUGUCAUCCGCAGCAUUGGACAUCUGA